AUGGAGCAUCUGGCGCUGGGACUGGUGCUGCUGGUGGGCACCCUGGCCGCCAGCAGCCCCCCGCGCCGCCGAGACCUUGACCCCGUCAAGGAGGUGGCGCUGGACAUGGCCCCCGCCGCCUUCGACGACCAGUACCGGGGCUGCAGCCGCAUGAUGGAGGAGGAGCUGGCGGAGCUCAACCGCACCGAGUUCGCCAACAACAGCAUCUACGCCAAAGCCUGGACCCUCGCCGCUGCCGAGUGGCGGAGCCGGGGGGGUCGCGUCCCGCAGCCGCCGGCGCUGCGGCCGGAGCAGGCGGUCGCCCUCCUGGCGUACACGGCGCAGGGACCUUUGCACCAGGCGUUCAACGCGGCCGUGCGCGAGGCCGGGCUCUCCCGCGAGCGAUACCUGGGCGCUUUCUGCUUCAAGGCGCUGCAUUUCCUCCUGAGCGAGGCCCUGAGGGUCCUGCGGGACGCCCGGCCCCGCCGCUGCCACCGCGUCUACCGGGGAGUCCGCGACAUCCGCUUCACCGCCCGGCAGCGUCAGUCCGUCCGCUUCGGCCACUUCACCUCUGCCUCCCUCCGGAACGAGAGCACGCUGCCCUUCGGCCAGGACACCUUCUUCUCGGUGGAGACCUGCUACGGCGUGCCCAUCAGGGACUUCUCCUUCUUCCCCGACGAGGAGGAGGUCCUCAUCCCGCCCUUCGAGACCUUCGAGGUCACCCACGUCGCCCGCGACGGGGACAGAGCCCUCAUCCAGCUCCGCUCCCAGGACGCGCUCAGCACCUACAACUGCGAGCUGGUGAAAGAGAAGAGAUGCAGGAGCCGCCCGUGCGUCUUCAGCGCAGGCAGAAGCAUCCCCGGGGACCCCCCGCAAUUCUGGGGGCUCCUCCUGGCAGCCGUGGCCCUGGCAGCCGCCGGUGGUCCCUGAGCUGCGAGGCGCCACGGCGAGGAAAAGGGGUCGGGAACGGGAGGCACCGGCUUCACGGGGGGGGGUGUGGGGGUGGGAACCACCUGGAUGAGGCCUUGGGACACAGCUGAGCGACUGGGGGGGGGGGGUUGUGUCUGUGAGGGGCUGUCCCAGAC